AUGGAAAACAGGCUUUGGGAUAACACCCUGGGGGACUGCAAUCAAUACCAACAAAACCCCCAUGGUGCUGAGGACUUCCUGUUCCUGCUGCUGGGCCUCGUCAUUCUUGUCAACAUUGGGAUCAACCUGUCAACUGUGAUAUGGCAAGGACUCCAGUGUGUCUCAGACAAGACGGUCAACUGGAUUCAUCAGAAACAUGCAAUCUUGCAGGCUUGUAAAAGUUCCUCCAGCGAGGCCCCAGCCAAGGCCCAAGACAUCCACAUCCACUGCGCCCUGGACCCUGUAGAGGUGAAGGUGACCUGGCCCUCUGACUACUCCAGCUCUUCCCAUCACCGGCCCCGCAAACACAGCUACCGCCGCCGCCCGCGCCAGGACCACCGCCGCCGCCGCCGCCGCCGCCACCGCUCCCCCUACAGCUACCCGCAGAGACGGAAGAACCGCGGGCAAUCCCCCCCAACCUACACCGACUUCCACGGCCCACAUCGCGGACACAGGCGGUCACAGCUGAGGCCCAAACCCAUUUUUUAUCAGGAGGCCUCCGACUCCUUUCUGGAGGAGGAAGAGAACCACCGAUCCUUCCCACGUCCCACGUACGCCCAGUGGGGCUGGGGAGGGCUGUACCAUCACCGGCUGCCCUCCAACGUGAGGCUGUGGGGCCGCCAGGGUGGCAUCCUGGCCAGCUUGCCACCGCCCUCCAUCUACCUGUCCCCCGAGCUGCGCCGCAUGCCCAAGCGCGUGGAGGCCAAGUCAGAGCUGAGGCUGCCGCCCUACGGGCACCGCCACUCCCAGUCCCCCAUCUGCGGCCACGUGGAGGCCACCAGGCAGUGGACCUUGCCUCCACCGCCUCCCCACCACCGGCUGCCUCCCAGCCCCUCCUGGGCCCAUGCGGGGCACAGCCCUUACCCGUCUAGGGGCCAGGUGCGGUGUGACUCCUGGGACCAGCGGCGGCGUGGUCUGGAGGCCUGUGAGCUUCCUCCGUCUGCCCUGAUGUACCGGAGCUCCCGGCAAGAGGCCCAGGAGUACUGCUCCCCGCAGCCCCACCGCCGGAGCCUCCCCGGCCACGCUUACAGCCACAGCCCCUACCCAUCCACCGGACACCUGAGCCACAGCUCCCGGGAUCCCCACGAGGUGCGGCACCGGGCGGCGGAAUGGGCCGAGGCCCUGCCCACCCAGCACCCUCUCACUACCACCUCCCUCACUCUGGUGGGCGAGGUCUCCUACCCGCAGGCCCUGCCUGAAGCCCAGAUUCCUGAGCCGCCCCCCAUCACCUUCAUGCCACUCAGCCGGAGCCCAGGGGGCAAUGCCAGCUACCAGGUGUACGACAGCGUGGAGCUGAAGCGGCAGGUGCAGGAGAACAGGGCGAGGGCCAGCUCGCUGCCGCCACCUUCCACCUCGGCCUCGAGGCCCUCCUUGCACAGGAGCCGGGCCGGGAAACUUUGCUGA